AUGGUGGCCUAUGAAUUCAAGAGCACUACUUCCGUCACAAGCAGGGGCGGGGGCCCGGUGGACCGUGAUAAUGCGCAUCUCCAGCGGAUGGGAAAGAAGCCAGUCCUUAAGCGAAACUUCGGCAUUCUAUCGAUCCUCGGCUUCAGCUGUACUAUUCUAGGUACUUGGGAAGGCCUGCUGGGUACCUUCACUGGCCCUCUCACAAAUGGCGGCUCUGGCGGUGCGAUAUAUGCCUACAUAUUUGGGUGGGUUGGCUGUUUUGCCAACUUUAUGGUCUUGUCGGAAUUAGCCUCCAUGGCGCCUACCGCAGGAGGCCAAUACCAUUGGGCUGCCAUGCUUGCCCCGGGCAGACUCCAGAAGUUCCUGAGUUUCAUUACAGGAUGGUUUGCUGUUCUCGGCUGGCAGAGUGCCUUCGCCGCCUGUGCCUUUCUAACGGGAAAGAUGAUCCAGGGUGCCGCGAUCCUAGGAAACAAUCUUUACAACGCCCUGCCUUGGGAAGGAACAUUGAUUGUCUGGGGUUCGCUCAGUCUCGCAUUGGCCGUGAAUCUGGUCGGCGGCAACUUGCUGCCCCGCAUUGAGGUGAUCAUUUUGGUUGUGCAUAUUCUUGGAUUCUUCGGCAUUAUAAUCCCGCUCGUCUAUAUGGCAGAUCAUAACACAAAGGAGCAGGUUUUCCUGUCUUUCCAGAAUGGAGGAGGCUUUGCCACACAAGGACUAUCUUGGUUCGUUGGUAUGACCAGCUGCGCAUUUGCCUUCGCUGGAGGUGACGCCGCUGUGCAUAUGUCCGAGGAGGUCGCGAAUGCCUCGACCGUUAUCCCCAACGCCCUUAUGAUUAGUGUCGGAAUCAACGGCUGCCUCGGAUUCGGUAUGAUAAUUGUUAUGAUGUUCUGCACCGGCUCCGACCUGGGUGGGAAGCUGGGGAAAAUCACUGGCUACAACUUCAUGGGUAUCUUCAUGGAAGCAACAGACUCAGUGCCAGGAUCAUUGACCAUGAUUUCUAUCGUGAUCAUUAUAUAUGUCUGCUCCCUAAUGGGUCUACUGGCUGCGGCAUCUCGGCAGCUUUGGUCAUUCUCUCGAGAUAAGGGGAGUACCAGGAUGGCGAUUGUGGAGUCAGUGACCGUCGCUACAUUGCUUUCCCUAAUUAACAUUGGUUCCAAUACCGCGAUGGAGGACAUCGUGUCCAUGGCAGUGGCGGGUAUCUACCUCUCCUACCUCAUGGUUUCUGUUUUGCUCUUUUACCGCCGCCUCCGUGGCGACAUCUCCCGAUAUAAUGACAACGAGGAUGACAUCGUCAACGUGCCUGGUGCAAAGCUUGUUUGGGGACCCUUCCAUUGCCCCGGCAUCAUUGGCGCCAUAAUCAACGGGUAUGCAAUUAUCUACCUCACCAUCGUCGUCUUUUUCAGCUUCUGGCCAAGUACAAUGGACCCAACUGUUGAAACGAUGAACUGGAGCGUUCUGGCCAUUGGAGGCAGCAGCUUCCUUGCCGUUAUGUACUAUGUCGUGCGCGCCCGGCACAUCUACAAGGGUCCUGUUAUGGAAGUAUCGUUGUAG